AUGGAAGUUCAGAAGACCAUUGAGCUGAUCAAGCGGUCUUAUGACCAGCCGAUACUGUUUCAUAGGCUCCAUUGCCACCUAGCCUAUAUUCUGGAGAAGAGCAAUCUGCAGCACGAGAUGUCUGACGAAUGGUCUAGGAUACUGAUUUUUAGUGCAGCCCGGACUAAGAGUCAGAAUCAGGGUCUUGAAGGCAAGAUUCUGUCAUUUCUAAAGGAAAUAAGGCCGCCUGCGAGUAGUAAGGGGUCAAGGCUGAGGCUGUGGAUAAUCUUGUACUACAUUAGAAGCCGGUCUCCCAGCCAGAUAAAUCACCUGGUGCUUUUUGAGCUAGUCUCGAACUUCAUGGGGAUUUCGUCCUUUGUGGACGGGCUGAUCCUUUCGAUACUUGCAGCGGCCAUCACCAGUCCUGUAUUUGGGCUAGAGAGCAACAAGAAGCUGAGGAGCGACUCCGUUGCCUAUCUGCUCGGGGUAAUAAAGAAAAAGCCCCUGGGGGUGCUGAGCAGAGUGCAGGCCCUUCCGUGCUACAUAGGACAUGCAGUUGAGCCUCCAGGGCUUCUAGACCUGAGAAUGGGAAAUAACAUGCAGACCCUUGUGGCUCUAGAAAGCAUAUGCUUUUAUGCGAAGUACACCAAGUCUGUUGAGUUUGUGAAGAAAAUAGUUCCUGAAGGACCGUUUUUUGUUGAGUGCCUAAAGGGAUUCAUCUCGAGGACCUUCCGUGUGGACGAAGGAGAAGCCUCUGGAUGCGAUGUUGGGGACAGCGUUGUCGAGAACCUUGAGAUACUGGAUGGGAUUAGAAAGGCAUAUGAAGAGGCGCGCGACAAGAAAAGAUUUGUGUCGAGGAUUGUAGAGUUUGUGAUGGACCUGAGCACAUGA